AAGGACUAUUUUGCCACCACUGUGGGAAGAAGCACUUGCUGCCACUGACAAGGGUAUGAGGAUUAUGACCUUAUGUGCAGCUCUGCAUAGCUGUCCACUUGGAGAUGAUGGUGACUCCUUAGAGAACAGAUGCCAACUCCUGGUUAACAAUCAGUAUAGUGCUCCUUCUCUCCAGAAGAUUUGAUAACUGCUUUUCACCAGCUCUCCAACUUUUUUCCAUCAUGUUGUCUCUACCAGCCUAAAAUUUCCUAAAAUGGUCCUUUUGCUGUUCCUUGCAAUCCUGCUGUUGAAGGAAGAUGUCUGCGGGAACUUUGGGCUUUUGGUUUCAGCACAGGCAAAUGAGAGAAGAGUGGUUGCACACAUGCCUGGUGAUAUUAUCAUUGGAGCUCUAUUCUCUGUCCAUCACCAACCAACUGUUGACAAAGUUCAUGAGAGGAAAUGUGGAGAGGUAAGAGAGCAGUAUGGUAUUCAGAGAGUGGAGGCAAUGCUACAUACCCUUGACAGAAUUAAUUUGGACCCCACACUGUUGCCAAAUAUAACACUAGGAUGCGAAAUAAGGGACUCCUGCUGGCAUUCUGCUGUGGCUCUGGAGCAGAGCAUUGAGUUUAUAAGGGACUCUCUCAUUUCUUCGGAAGAAGAGGAAGGGAUGGUGCGAUGUGUGGAUGGAUCAUCAUCGUCUUUCCGCUCCAAGAAACCCAUUGUUGGUGUCAUUGGGCCUGGCUCCAGCUCUGUUGCUAUCCAGGUCCAGAACUUGCUGCAGCUUUUCAAUAUACCUCAGAUUGCUUAUUCUGCCACAAGCAUGGACCUAAGCGACAAAACUCUGUUCAAGUAUUUUAUGAGAGUGGUGCCCUCUGACGCACAGCAAGCAAAGGCCAUGGUGGACAUUGUCAAACGCUAUAACUGGACCUACGUUUCUGCUGUACACACUGAAGGAAACUAUGGUGAAAGUGGAAUGGAAGCUUUCAAAGAUAUGGCAGCCAAGGAAGGGAUCUGCAUUGCACACUCCUACAAGAUCUACAGCAAUGCUGGCGAGCAGAGUUUUGACAAGCUGCUGCGAAAGCUUCGGAGCCACCUGCCCAAGGCAAGAGUGGUUGCCUGCUUCUGUGAAGGCAUGACUGUCAGAGGCCUCCUGAUGGCCAUGAGGCGCCUGGGACUCGCUGGGGAGUUCUUGCUGCUAGGCAGUGACGGCUGGGCAGACAGGUAUGACGUGACAGAAGGGUACCAGAACGAAGCUGUCGGUGGGAUCACAAUCAAGCUGCAGUCCCCAGACGUGAAAUGGUUUGAUGAUUACUACCUACAGCUCCGGCCAGAAACCAACCAUCGGAACCCAUGGUUUCAGGAAUUUUGGCAGCACAGGUUCCAGUGUCGCUUGGAAGGGUUUCCCCAAGAGAACCCUAAAUACAACAAGACCUGCACAAGCCAGAUGACUCUGAGGACCCAGCAUGUUCAGGACUCCAAGAUGGGCUUUGUAAUCAAUGCAAUAUACUCCAUGGCCUAUGGGCUCCACAACAUGCAGCUGUCCUUGUGCCCAGGCUACGUGGGCCUCUGUGAUGCCAUGAAGCCCAUAGAUGGUCGGAAACUCCUGGAAUCCCUCAUGAAGACUAACUUUACUGGGGUCUCUGGGGACAUGAUCUUGUUUGAUGAGAAUGGUGACUCACCAGGAAGAUAUGAAAUCAUGAAUUUUAAACAAAUGGGGAAGGACUACUUUGAUUAUAUCAAUGUUGGCAGCUGGGACAAUGGUGAGCUGAAAAUGGACGAUGACGAAAUAUGGGCAGAGAAAAGUAAUAUCAUCAGAUCUGUGUGCAGUGAACCCUGUGAAAAAGGCCAGAUAAAGGUGAUCCGUAAAGGAGAAGUGAGUUGCUGUUGGACCUGCACUCCUUGUAAAGAAAAUGAAUAUGUCUCUGAUGAAUACACAUGCAAAGCCUGCCAGCUUGGCUCCUGGCCCAACGAGGACCUCACAGGUUGUGACCUCAUCCCAGUCCAGUAUCUCAGAUGGGGCGAUCCCGAACCAAUUGCAGCCGUAGUUUUUGCAUGCCUGGGUCUGUUGGCCACACUGUUUGUUACAAUCGUGUUCAUAAUGUACCGUGACACUCCAGUGGUCAAAUCAUCCAGCCGAGAACUUUGCUACAUCAUUCUGGCUGGCAUCUGCCUGGGUUACUUGUGCACUUUCUGUCUGAUUGCAAAACCUCAACAGAUUUACUGUUACCUUCAGCGAAUCGGCAUCGGCCUCUCACCCGCUAUGAGCUAUUCUGCUUUAGUAACUAAAACCAACCGCAUUGCAAGAAUCCUGGCUGGAAGCAAGAAGAAAAUCUGUACAAAGAAACCUAGGUUCAUGAGUGCCUGCGCCCAGCUGGUUAUUGCAUUUAUCUUGAUAUGUAUACAGUUAGGCAUCAUAGUUGCCCUCUUUAUAAUGGAGCCACCAGACAUAAUGCAUGAUUACCCAAGCAUCCGAGAGGUCUACCUGAUUUGUAACACCACCAACUUGGGUGUUGUGACUCCCCUUGGAUAUAAUGGGUUAUUAAUUUUGAGCUGCACCUUUUAUGCAUUUAAGACAAGAAACGUCCCAGCUAAUUUCAACGAAGCAAAAUAUAUUGCCUUCACCAUGUAUACCACCUGCAUCAUUUGGCUGGCUUUUGUGCCAAUAUAUUUUGGAAGCAACUACAAGAUAAUCACCAUGUGUUUCUCAGUGAGUCUGAGUGCCACGGUGGCCCUUGGCUGCAUGUUUGUGCCCAAGGUGUACAUCAUCCUCGCCAAGCCAGAGAGGAACGUGCGCAGUGCGUUCACCACGUCGACAGUAGUCCGCAUGCACGUAGGCGAUGGAAAGUCCUCUUCAGCCGCCAGCCGCUCCAGCAGCCUGGUGAACCUGUGGAAAAGAAGGGGAUCAUCUGGGGAAACGCUUAGGUACAAAGGCAGGAGACUGGCCCCCCCGCACAAGUCGGAAAUAGAGUGUUUCACCCCAAAAGGGAGUAUGGGGAAUGGUGGGCGAGCUACAAUGACCAGCUCUAAUGGGAAAUCAGUUUCCUGGGCCCAGAACGAGAAAAGCAGCCGAGGAGCACACCUUUGGCAGCGGUUGUCAGUCCACAUCAACAAAAAAGAGAACACCAACCAAACUGCAGUGAUCAAGCCUUUUUCUAAAAGCACAGAUAGUAGCCGGCACAGUAGCAGUGCUACAUUUCCCGAGGCUAGUGCCAAAACGCUUUACGACGUUUCGGAAGCCGAAGAGCAAUACCCAGCUCAAUACCGACCACAGACUCCCUCACCAAUCAGCACUUUGAGCCACAGAACUGCCUCUGUCAGCCGAACAGAAGAUGAAGCCCCCACCUUCCAGUCAGAACCUCCUCAGCGAAGCAGCUCCUCUCAAGGGUCCAUCAUGGAGCAGAUCAGCAGUGUUGUUACUCGCUUCACAGCCAAUAUCAGUGAGCUGAACUCUAUGAUGCUUUCAACACCUACUCCAGGGACAGCAGGGGCUGCUCCUCUCUGCUCUUCGUACCUGAUUCCACGGGAAAUCCAGCUCCCUACAACAAUGACCACACUUGCAGAGAUCCAACCACUUCCUGCCAUUGAAGUCAAUGGCUCUUCACAGGCUGCUAGGAAACCUUCAAAUGACAGCAUCAAAGAAGGCACUUCAGAGACCCCAACAACCAAGCAAGACCUGGAGGAGUUGGUGGCUUUAACUCCUCCUUCUCCCUUUAGAGACUCCAUUGAUUCUGGAAGUGCAUCUCCCAGCUCUCCAGCUUCUGAAUCAGCUCUCUGUAUCCCGUCGUCCCCCAAAUACGACACACUCCUCAUCAGAGAUUAUACUCAAAGUUCCUCUUCGCUGUGAAUGUAGUCCAAGAUGAUGUUGGAGCUCAACAACUGCAAGCAAGUAGUGAGGGGACAGCCAAGUCUUCAAGAUCUCCAGUGUUUACGCAGACACAGUGAGAGGCAUUGGGUCAUCUUGUGAGGAAUGGAAGAGAAGAAGAGGAAUCACUUGAGAGGCGGAAACAUCAGAUUAAUUUUGCUGAUUUAAAGACAAAAUGACUCUUGGCAGAUUAUCGUGGCCUUAAAAAAACAUGGGCUUUUCAGAAACACUGAAUCUAUUUUUGAGGGCUUAUAAGGAGUCUGUUAAUCCAGUUACAUACCAAGUGCUUUGCUUUAGUAUUACAAUGAACUGUGUGUACAAUAUAGGGGACAGGGGGUAACUAGAUUGUAAACAACUGUACAAUGGUUUGUUUGUUUACUCUGAUCCCUUGCCCAGAAGUGAACCUUGAUCUUUUAUCAAGAAUAGAAGACCAAACAUUGAAUGUACAUUUUCUAACAGACUCAAAUCUGGGACCAACAUGUCAAGCUUUCUCUCUUUUUUUUUCUAUGAAGAUCACAAAAAGCAGUAAUGUAUGUUACUACGAAACCUUUUGCUGAAGAAUAUUGUGUCUGUGAUACGUUACACAUGGAUAACACUAAGCUGAGGCUUUGCAGUGAGUGACUGCAAUAUGGAGGGCUUUACAAGUGACUUCUCAACCUACGCAUUUGUUUAUGAAAUUCUCUUCUAUCAGUAUCAAAUUUCAAUUUGUUAUCAUUGGAUUCACCUUCACAACAACAAAACCCAAGGAAGAUCUCCUGACUAUUUCACCAUGUUGCCAACUAAUAUUGAAGUAGCAAAAAAUAUUUUCUGGAGUACUGUUUUGUAAUUCACUUACCAGGGCAAGUUGUUGAGAUGAAUAUUCUCUUUCUAGCAGCACUACCAAGCUACAUUAUAGCUGCACUCCCUAGAGAAAUUAACAGAUUUUUAUGGACAUCCUCAUGAUAAUGUUACCAGUUAAAAUACUUAUUCAGACUCCCAUCUUUGCUUGUAACAAACAGGUUAUUCCCUAAGGAUUUCUCCAUCCUUUGAAUGACAGAAUUCUAGGAUACCAAUUUGGAUUAUGACAAAUGCUAACUAUCAGUGGGAAAGGUUGUCAUAAUCUUAAUUAAUAUACACAUAUAUAUGGAAAAAAACCCUGUGUCAAAGUCUGCUUAGAGGUGAUUAAGCUACUCUUUAAUAAGCAACAAUUUUAAAAUUUGUUUUGCUGCUGAUGCCUUGCAGCUAUGAACAGUGACAAAAAAGUACAUUCAAAGCAAUACAGAGUAAAGGUUAAAACAAAGAAGACCUAAUGAGAUAUGAACCAACAGAAUCUUUGUUUCUUAGCAACUCACAGAAGAAACAAGGGGAUUCCUCAAAAUUUUUUUCCUAUAUCAAAGUAGUACAGUUUAGUGCAAUUCAUACUGUCACAGCACUUUUUUAAUACAGGCAGGGAAGAGUUUUAAAGUUUGAAUAGUAGCUAAAUAAUUUUUGAUAGGUGUAGUUACAUAGAACUUGUAAGUCAGACCCUAAACGCACACUGUAUUUGCUCUCUUCUUCAUGACAUAGCUGUCCUCAGGUGCCAAACUUUUAUGGGUUUGUUUUAUUUUAUUGAAGGAUAGCAUGAAGUGAUGAGUAAUGUACUUCAAUUCAAAGUUGAGUUGAUGUAGCCUUAUAUAGAAGACAGCCUCAAGGAAGGGAGCCUUGAAAUAAGGCUGCUAUAUUUUAUUUUCAAAACCUUUAGAUCUUGUUUCUUCGAAAAUAACAAAUAUUUUGUAAUCAAAAUUCAUACCUCCUUUUUCUCCCCCUUGUUCAAAAUAGCUAUUUGAUCAAACAAGUAAAAGAUGAAAGCACAUUCACAUAUUUUAACAAAGAGCAUUUUCUAUUUCUUUGGCAUGCUUGUUUCACUAUUAUGUGUUGCACCCCAAUUUGCUGCUCAACAACAUUUAAAAAUGAAAAGUAAUAGAUGACUGAAUCCAGACCAGCACCUCACAGAGGUACUCUAGUGACUCUAGAGUCAGGCAAUGUUAUCCAAUUGCAGUCUGGGCAUGCUUGUCUUGUCAGGUACAGUCAUUUAUCAGCUUCGCCAAUAGCAUGAACAGGCAGGUCACAAAACAGCUCUACUCCAGAAGGCAGAUCCCUACACUAAGGCAUGACUGAAGGUCCUUGUUGCCCAUAUGCAGUUCUUGCAUCCUCGCAUGACUGAUCAGCACAGACUCAGCUCUGUGCAGCUGCACGGUUCCCAGACUAGAGCUCAGUUUUGCCCUCUUGGUUCACAGUACUAGCAUGUCUCAUCAUUCCUUAGCUGUCCAUGUCAUCAGGAGAAAGCAUCUUCUGUUACAGGUUACAACCCACAUUUAAGAGAAAAGCAUGUCCAAUCAGUCUGUGAUACAAAUAUUCUUAUUAGGGGAGUUUAGACCACUUAAAUGUUGUUCAUGGAAGACUCAUAUUAUAAUAUUUGUCUCCCAUCAGUGCAAUAUUGUUCUAAUAUAGAGUGUACUGAGAUAACUAAUGUGAAUUUCAAAGGGAUUCUAUUACUACCUGUUCUCUUAUACUUCAAAUUAUUGACCAAUAUUCUUACAGGAACAUCCUCCAUCUCGAUCCUUCCCUAGAAUUUUAGCUCCCCUUUAGUCUUUUCUUAUGGUGGUGGACAAUUAAUAGAAUUGUAUUACUGCUAAAAUCUGUGGGUUUCACUGCACUGUGAAAUAAUCAACAGUGGAAAUAAGGAUUAUAUGACAAAUAUAAAAAUAUUUCCUUAAAUACAAAACUAGUAAAAAGGAGUGAAAAAUAGAAACUGUCAAGCUCAGCAUAAAUAUACCUCUUCUGCUCUCAAACUGCACCACAGCUAUUGCUCAGAGCUUCCUGACAAUGGUCAUGUGUACUGUCAUGACAAUUUGGGUGGAGAUGCCCCAUGUGCCCUGAAUGCAUGUUUUAAGAGCCUAAAACCCUAAUGCUGUGCAACCGAAAUUUUAAACACUUUUGUUCACUCGCACUUUUGGAGGAGUCAUGUAUCUUUUGUGUAUCUAUCAGCCACAGCAGACAUUUUAGUGACACAAGGAACUAUGGACGGACCCUGCUGAGGUAGUAUCUUCUAGGAAUCAAUCUAUUUUUAUUUAAAGAUGGGCAACCUUAGAGGCAUUUAAGGAAGGCAGAAUCUGCUUUAAUUGUGCAGACUGGAGUGCAUCAAUGUAAUUUUUUAUUAUAUGUUUGAAUUUCAACAAAGGGAGAAAAGGUUUUGUGGAGAAGGCAAAAAUGGUGUAAUGUCUGUAGUAAUAAUCCAAAUGAGCCCAGUGGAAGAUUUGCAAGACUGGAAAGUUCUUUGGGAGAAGCCAGUGGGCUUGACAUAAGAGAAAAAAAUUAUGAAUGACAGACAUCAUGACUUCAUUAUGCUGUUUGUAUGCUAGUCCUAGUUUAAGACAUUAAGCUAGAGUGGCAAGGGUUUUCAGAUAUAAAUGCAAAAGUUACAAUCAUGAACACUUUUCAAUCUAACUAAAGAAUGUGCAAGUACCAACUGUAUGGCUUGAAAUUUGCCUUCCAAUAUAGUGCUGCUGACACAAAGGGAAUUAAAGGAUUUGAAACUACUGUCAUUCUUGACCACAUGGACCUCAAAAAAAAAUCUCUUAUUUCUUUUGUGCUUGAGGCCAGCCCUAAAGAGUGAUGGUGUAAUCACCUCUGGAUCAAUGCUUUUGAAAUAAAGUGAGCCAUUCUCAGGCCAUUUGGAAAGGAGCCUUUGCAAUACUGAAGAAUUGUAUUUUUAAAUUGUCUCUGAAGAAUGAUUGCAUGACUUUGAAGAUGUGCUUCCUUGUACUUCUAUCUGAACAUUUGGUGCCUAGACUCAUGCAGAUACCUUAGACCAGAGAUUUUUAGACCACAGUCCACAAAUCACUUGUUGAUAUUUCAUGGAGCCUGGUCGAUCACAAGGUGCUGGCUUCUUCCAUUGAUUUCCAGCUACAAAAGUGAGAUAGAAACUAAAUGCUAAUUCAAAAACCGUUAUAAGUUCUAAAAGAAAAAAAAAAAAGUUAUGUUAGUUUUCUUGGAUGUUUAUUCAGUUGCUGUGUCUGUAAAAGGAAAACUAGUGUUAAAAACUGAGAGAAUAAGCUAUCAAAAGCAAGUAAAUGGGAAGCCCAAUCCAUGACUCUCACUCUGGAUGAUAGAAGAGUUCCCCUGCAAAUGUUUUCUUUAGUGUGCAAGACCAAACUGGAAGACUGCAUAGCUGUGGGCGUAAGUUCUGUAAAGGAAAGUGUGCAACCUUGUUAUUCUGCUUAAUACAUCAUUUAUGAGGUGAGAGGAUAAAAGAUGACAGCAACAGACAGCAUAAAAAAGAGUGGGUUCCUUAGGGAAAUCAGAGCACUAUGCUCAGGACUAACAACGUGACCACAAAUUUUGUAUUGUAUUGGAGACCAGUGUCAGGUCUGGUUUGGCUGACCCCAAAAAAGAGACUUUGGAGCCUAAAGUUAGGAUUUCAGCAGAAUUUAAUACCUACAAUUUAAACUCAAUUUUAAAACAACUAUUCGAAUGCCACCUUCCUCCAGCAUCUAGCAUAGUAUGUCUGUGUAUGCUCAGAACUAACCUGAUCAUCACACAUCUAAGGAUCUUUGUACCUAACUCAUGUUAAAACCCAUCAAGGAUGCAGAAAAUACAUGAGAGUACACAGAAUGUACCAUAAAGUCUCCUGGCUGAAAAAUGCUCCAAUGACUCAGUGUUGAGUUUCUACUCAUUUCCCCAAGGUAUUUUCAUAGGACAGGAACAAAUUCAAGAGUAUUGCAGUGGAAAAGGAACAGUGCAACCUGAUAAGACAUACACUGAAUAAAAUUAUAGAUCAUAUAUGACCAUUUAAUAUAAAAUACUUUUAAAAUUUCUGGAGCAGAGACAAGGUAUUUUAACUUCAAAGAAGUAAAGGCAACUUUUUUUCUGUGCUACAUAUUGGCUAAAAAAAGUUAAAUGCUUCCCUGAAAAAUGUUUUUGUGACAGGAGGGAAGGAUGUGCCCUUAGAUAACUUCUUAUCUGCAGAAAUGUUGUUUUCCAUCUGGAGUUCUCAGACCCCAACAUAGAAAGGAGAGCUGAAUCUUCUUGGAUAGGCAAAGGAAUUAAACUUGAAUCCUUAUUCUCUGAGACUGCAGAAAAAGGGACUUAUUUCAUUUUCCUCCAGCCACCUUUUACAAAGGUGACCUGGCCCUAUCUUUGUAAGAAAAAGUAUAGGUGUCUCCAGAAAUUUAUCCCAGAGGAAAAUUAGCAUUUUCUGCACAUUGCAUUUGCAUACUGGCUCAAAUAGAGUAUUGCUAGACAUCUCUUUCCUUGUUGUGUUGAUUUCUUGGGCACUAACUCUACUCACAAACUCCACAGAAAGGCUAGAUAUUUAACAAAAGUUCCUGACCUCCACACUAGAGCAAAAUGCUAUGUAUUAAACAGAAUAAUUUUAAGUCCUGAAGUCCUUCAUCUAUUUGGGUCAAUAGAAUCAUUCCAGAUUAAUAUCCAUAUAAAGAUAAUCAAAGUUGUAUAGUGGUCACUGAAGUCUAGACUUGACUAUUUGUUCUGCAGAGAAUUACAAUGACAGGAAAUUCUUCCCACUCUCUUUUGAAUCAAACAGCAGAUGGAUUUUACUAGAUUCAUUCCUGAAGUUAGGCUUGGUGAAUAGGUCCUUUCUACCAUUCAUACUCUAUCUGGUAUCCCAAUGGGAAAGUCAUCCUCUAACUAAACAUGUUAAGGGAUGUGAGUGAACAUGUCCAAAAAUACCCAAGAGGUCACAAUUUUCUGGCAGUUUAAUGAAACUCCAAAAAUUAAGUCAAUACUCUCCAUGAACAAGAAAAUCAUUCAUCUGCUACCCAUUUCAGUGUGCACUUAAUCUAGUAAAGACUUACAUUGAAUUACCUGAAUUCUUUUUUUUUCUGUGAUGGUUUAUUAUUUUAUCCUCAGUUCAAAUAUCUCCAAUUGCCACCAACAAUUUUAUACUGUGAAAAGGAAAAGAGAUACAGGCCAGUGAAGCAUAAAGGUAAGUAAAAAAUUCAUCUGGGUGAUGAACUGGUGUAUAUGGCUGGUUUUGUCUCACCUGAGCAAUGACAGUAUUAACAAACAAUAAAUAUUAAGUCACUCCAAUCUGCCAAAUGGGAACAAAUAUACUAUGUAUAUUACAUGUACUAAUAGGAUUAUAUGGCAGCUGCUGGUGGUAUUUGUAAUUAGAAAUCUAUAUAGAAUAUAGAUGUUUUAGAGAGAUGGUGCCAAUUCCAAAAGAUUUAUGUGGGCUACAAGUGCUUGUAAUUAUUUUUUUAAUUUGCUAAUAACUUAUGAAGAACUGGUUUCAAACAUUCUGUGACCGUUUGUUCUUUUUUAUGUUGUUGCUGCUUAUACUAUUAAAACAUAGAGAAUGUAAAGUUAUUAUUUUGAUGUGAACUGAAAAAGAUUUUUCAUAAAAAUUUAACAUUUUUAUCAGCUUUGGUUUGCUUUCUACCUGUACAAAUGUAAUUUAUUUUAGCAUUGAAGAAUACACUUGCUUGUUUCUCAAUUGUCUACAUCAUGUUAUAGUUGGUGUUUAUGUAGAGUCAGGUACUUUUUGAACAGUAUUAAAAAGAAUCUGUGAUAUGACUGAAAA